UCAACACACAAUUCCAGACAUAGUAAUUAGAUAUUCAUUGAUUGUGUUGUCUCAGUUGUCUGACCAUAAAGUAGUGGGUGCUUUAUGAGCUGGGAAUGUUUUCACUAGCGACCAGUACAGUUAAUAAUAGUCUAACAGAAGUAUCAGCUGCACAUCAAGAUGCUCUCAAGCUUGCUACUUCGGUCUACCUUGGACAAGAAAGAAAGAGUCAAUCAAGAUCCAAUCAUUGCUAAGAAAAUCGAUCUGAAUAUCAGAACCAUUGCUCAGGUUGGCUGUGGAAAGGCCAGCUGCUCAUACUCAAUUGACAAAGAUGAACAAUGUCUAGUAUUCUGUGUAUCCUCACUCCUAGCUCACAGAGACAGCACCAGGCAACACCUCAGAGUCACUAAAUGCCAAGUGUUGUCGACUGAAUUGACUGGAAAGCAGAACUGUCUAACAUUCAGUGUUUCGAAGCUGACCACCAGCGAUGGGGCCCUACCAACCUUGGCCCUCACAAAGGAACUGCAUGCAUCCACACUCACGUUGCACGCUGGAGCUAUUUCUGCAGAGGAUCUACUUUUGCAUUUGGGCGAAGUCAAGGCUGGAACAAUGCUGGAAAUACGAUUAGAAUUUGUACUUAAAUUCACCCUCCCCAGUUCCCCGGAUUCGCUACAAUACGUCUUCACCAAUAAACUACCCACCCACCACCUCUGCUACAACGUUAGUUUAGCUGCCACACUACCCAUUGAAGACGUGACACCGUUACACAUCUCCUCCGAUUCUGACGAUUUUCGAUGGAACUAUCUCGCUGGCCCCUGUGUGGUUGAGAUCCUGUACGAAUGCAAGCAAUACUCCGACAAGGCUACGGGGUUAAAAGUGCAGUUGGCCACAGCACCCUCGCCAUCAAGUUGCUGCUCUAUUUCCUACCCCCAAGACGCUACCAAGACCAGGGGAGGUUGUAAAAAACCUGAUUUUAACUUGAGAUGCGAUGGUUUAAUGAUGCUGAACAGUUGUCUAACCCCCAAUGUGUUCCCAGCCUCUGUGAAAGACAAGAAACUUCAUCCAUCAGAGUUCAUAUUUGUGGUGGACUGCAGUGGCAGUAUGAGCGGCAGCAAUAUCCAAUCAGCGUCUGAUACUCUUAUCACGUGUAUCAAGAGUCUGCCAACGGGGUCCUACUUCAACGUUAUCGCAUUCGGAUCCAAUUUCAGACACCUAUUUCACACAAGUUCAGAGUACACAAAGUGGUCGGUGGAGAAGGCUAUUAAGUUUGCUAACGAGAUUCAAGCCACCCUUGGAGGGACCGAGCUGCUGGACCCGCUGCGAUGGAUCUUCAAGCAGGGGAAGUGCGGGAGCCUGGCCAGACAGAUCUUCAUCGUGACUGACGGAGGAGUGAACAACACUGCACAUGUUCUGCACACAGUCCGGAAGAACAGACAUCAAGCUAGGUGUCACACAUUUGGUAUAGGGCCUGAUGUGUGUACAGAGCUGGUGACAGGCAUCGCAGCUGCCUCUGGUGGUCGGUGUGUACUGCUCAGAAACACAGAGAUAUUGCAGACAAAAGUAAUGGAAGUGCUGAGAGACAGUCUGGAGCCCUAUGUAUCCGACUCCUCCCUACAAUGGUCCCCUCCUGAGGGAUUUUCCCUUCUUGAAACCACACCCACAUCGCUGGGCACCGUCUACAGUGGCUCCACGCACACGGCAUUUGCGCUAAUCAAACGAGAGGGGGCUCCCCGUUUAGCUGGUGUGUUGGAAAGCACCGUGAGCAUUGUGGGACAAUCAGGAGAAGAUCGAGUCACCAUGGAAGUUGAACCCGCCCCCCUCCCAAACCUCACACCCACACAAAGCUACGAGUUAGCGUCCAUCCUGGAUCGAGUGGCUACCUGGUCAAAGCUACAAGAGAUGGAAAUGAACUUAACCUCUAGUUCGAGAAAAAACAGUCAAAACGACAACGACAAAACACAAGAACCAGAACCAAAGAGAAUCAAACUGAACGGAAGCUCCCUUAAUGGGAAAAUGGUUGACUCUGAACUUUGUGAUGAAUUGAUCGAAUUGAGCCUAUCAUCUGGUAUUCCAUGUGGUCUAACGUGCUUCAGGGGGUGUGGUCUAGUACAGCAACUCCUCCCACCCAAGCCGCCUACAAUCACCUCACACACCCUCACUGCCAAGAAGACCUCCUCGUAUAGUCAGAAACGUUUGGACCAGUUGCGAAAGAUGCAGAGUAGAAAUCGCAAGAGACAAGUUGGACCUCUCACCACCUCCGCUCAACCUACCACGAUGUGUAGUAUGGCCAUCAAUACGUUCACCACUCUUGGGACCACUCUCAAAACAAUGGCCAGCUCUAUCGGCCUGGUUCUCCCUGACCCCAUCGAGGUCCACAACGGCCAUCGGAUAGACGACCACCUUCAGUACCACAGCCAGAAGAAGACCACGCUGCACUGGGACGAUACUAAGGGAAAGCUUGUUUACCCCUCCUUCUAUCGCACGCCUGUCACUAACGGAACUAAUGGAGUUAAAACCCCGUAUGUUCACUCUAAUGGACAUCGGACCACCCCCUCCUCCGAGAGCUCAAGCGAUGAUGAAGACUUUAUUUCCGACACUGACAGCAACUCGAGUAUGGACCCUGAUUGGGAUGACCUCCGGCGACCCUCAGAGCUCCGCCCACUCAUUCAGAUGCAGCUGUACAGUGGGGCGUGGCCUAUGGUGAGACCAUUCUCGUACGCUGUCGGAGUACCUCUAGACGAAGUCCGAAAACUAAUCGAGAAAGAAACGAAAAAAUCAGCCGUGACAGGAUCAGAAGAAGAGAGUGAGAAAUCUAACAUAUGGACUACAGCUUUGGCCAUUUCAUGUCUGGAGGAAUAUUUCCCUCAAUUCAGAGCUGAAUGGGAAGUGGUUGGAAUGAAAGGACAGCAAUGGAUCGAGGAUAAUCUGUGCCAAGAGACUGACAUGAGUGCCCAAGAGGUUUAUCAAGUAUCACGAAGCUUAGUGGCCAGAUGGCGCUAACUGAUGAACAACGUACACUGUCUAUGAUGUAUUAUCAUUAAUUACAAGCUGAUUUUUUAUGAUUACACCUCCCCAUCAUAUAUACACAUUACACCCCCC